AUGACGGAGGCUUCAACGACGGCGGAGAUGGCGGCGGGCGGAGGCGUGAGUGCCGCAAGCCGUGCUGGGAAGAGCGGGGCGUUACUCCUCCAGGAGGACGAACAGUUUCUCUUUGACUUUGGUGGCGGCUCGGCGACGGCGAUGACGUUGGGGCGAGACCCCACCAGUCCUGCGUCAUGCGCCUCUUCCCAUCCCCACGAGGAAGAGGGUGACGGUGCCGACAAGCCGGCUUCCGGGGACGCCUACCUGAGCGGGCGCAGCAACGUCGUGGUAGAACCGCUGAGUGCGGUAGAGGUGCAGCGUGGCUUUCACGCCGCCCUGCGCGCUGGCAGUAACGUUUUUUUAAAGUUGUCACUGGACGAGGCGGUUGCGAAGUUUCAGUUGGGGCUGCAGCGGUAUGGUGAGGCGUUAGGUCGCCAGGCACGGCAGGAGAAGCAGCGUGCGACGGCAACGCGAAAAAGGCACGCUAGCUGCGGUGGCAGCAGCGGUAACAGUAAGGAUAAUAACACGAGUAAUGCGAAGAACACUAGCAGCAGUGCGGAAGGCAGGAUACGGACACGGCAAUGA